AGGAGCUCGUGGCACACGCUGACAAGCCUCCUGCUGCCCCCUCUCUGCAGCUCUGCAGCUCUUCACCAAUGACUCGCCUCCGCUCAAACAUCCUGCCAAAACAGGACUGCUCGGCAGGACCUGCUCGCUUCCGUCCUUAGCCGGAACGGAGCUCAGCGCACCGCAGACGUCCCAGGAGUCUGACUGCAGAAGGGCUGGCUCCCUGGACGCGUGUCCAUGGCUUGGAACUGGGGGGACUCCGCACCACCAUCAAGGCUGGAGAACAACUCAGGGCACUGAUGGAGCUGAGCUCCUGAACCUGCUGGGGCAGCCCAAGGUGAGAGCAGGGAGCUGGACGUCUGGUGACUCGGUCUGCUUAGACUGUGUCCCUACCUGGGGGCGUCUCAGUCUCCCCUGGGGCAAUCUUAUCAGUCUGCACUGUCCUCAGCCACUGAUAGUGAUUAGAAUAUCAUUAUUAUCUUAGUUGAUCUUCCUGCUGGGAUGUCCUUGUUCCUCAAUGGCCCCUCCUGGGGUGGCUUCAUCACAGGUGCUACCUUGCACUCAGCUGGCACCUCCCCAGUCAUGCAGCACUGCUGGCAAAUUGCAGACUGCCUUGGUGAGCACUUGCACCGUCUCUGUUGGCUGUAUCUCAUAGGCCACACAGACUUACGAAUCUUCAAAACAAGUUUGAGGUCACUUCCAGUUUCCCACUGAGCCCAAGGGCUGCGUCUCACUCCCUGUCUCCCCCUUACAACUCAGGGGUCUGGGUACCCUCAGAACAACUGGUCUUUCUCAUAAAGACUGAAGCAGAAAAGGCACGAAGCACGUCAGCAUCCUCCCCAUCUGGGCCCCAGGCGCAGAAGAGCUGGAGCUGGACAGAGAUUGGCAUCGUAAAGCCAAUAGCCUUGAUGAAAAGCAGCACCUUUACUACUGCUUUCACAGCGGAGUGAUCAUAAUGGAGUCGACUGUGCCAUGCCCCUGCUCCUCAGCCUGACAAACAAAGGGAUAUUCCCCAAGCUUUCUGUAGUGACUUUGCAAUUGCCCUUUGUGCACAUAUCUAGAUGGGUGUGAACACUGAGCUUUCAGCCACAGAGAGUUUGGAAGGUGCAGUCAUGCCCCAACUCCUGACAGAAAGCUUCUCUAUGUGACAUACGGCUGUCAGAGGGCCUGUGGGACAGGAUACACCAAUGGCCUUUCACCACACUGGAAAAUACUGCUUCUGUUCAUCUUAAAGCUCAGACCGUGCAAGAACGUUCCACCCCUCUACAGCUGAGCCUUGGGGACAGCAGCUUGUGACAAGACUCCACUGCCACCCCAGCAAGGCUGACUGUUCUCUUCUAGGUGUGUUCAUGCCAGGCUGGACUAUGACCCCUGCUAAAAGAAUGCUUGUUUAGGAUUUUAUAAACCAGUGUGAGGCCCCUGAGCAAAGUCAACAGUCUACCAUUACAGCUCCAAAACAAUGGAAAGGUUCAAAACCAACAUGACACAGCAGAAACAGGAGAGAUAAAAGAGCUGGUUUUGGCUUUAUCUGGUUCUGAGGCACGCUGAACUUUUCUAUCACACUGUGGAAAACCAUGGAAGGCAAAUCUGCGAAAGCGCAGUGCAUUCGUUUGCACACUCCUGGGCACAGCAGGGCUUUGGAGCAGUUCUGGCAGCCCGGGUGGGGGGAAGAUGCUCUGCUGGACUCUACCACCAAGACAACGCAAUGGGAGAAGCCAAUAUACCUGCACUGUUCAGUGACUACAGCACUGCUCAUCAGCCCGUCAGCCUGUGCCCCUGCCUUUGGACUCAGUGCUGCAAAGAACAACUCUGCCAAUGGAAACACUGGACAUGGGGCAUUUGCUUGGAAGAAAGGAGAGCAGAGAACACCAACUUGUGGCCAUCUGAGCAACAAUCUGACUGCGACAGACAGGGAAAGGGGAAGAGAUCACCUCAGACUGGUUGAUGCAUGGCUGCGAUCUGCUACACCCAUCUGGCUUGAGAUGCAGGAGCAGCAGCUCAGUGGAAGUCCUGCAGACCCACAGGGCAUCGUGUCUCCUUCCCACUUGCUGCUUCCACUGUCGGCACACAGCAAAGCUUCUCCUGGCCACGGCUGCUGCUGGCUUCUGAUUCCGGGGGUCAGGCAUCACCAGACAGCCAAAUUGUCCUUAAAAUACAAACAGACUUUUGUCCUUUAGUAAGGUUAGAUCCCAGCCAGGAGCUGUUCCCUGGACAGUACAGACCAGCUGAGAUUGUACCCAGAACCGAGGGUUUGCGCAGCUCUGUGUGGGCGGGGUCCAGCAAGCCAUAAGAAGCAUUUGGGCACUGAGCAAACAACGUGCGCUGAGCAGAAGCAGGAGAAGCAACAUGGGAGAGCUGAGUGUCCGCUCCGUUCUGGUGACUGGGGCCAACCGGGGAAUCGGCCUCGGGCUGGUCCAGCACCUGCUGGCAUUGUCAAACCCACCUGAGUGGGUCUUUGCAGGCUGCCGGGACCCCAAGGGACAGCGAGCGCAGGAGCUGCAGAAAUUGGCCUCCAAGCACCCCAACCUGGUCAUCAUCCCGCUCGAAGUCACCGAUCCCGCCAGCAUCAAGGCGGCCGCAGCCAGCGUCGGGGAGCGCCUCAAGGGCUCGGGGCUGAACCUCCUCAUCAACAACGCUGGGAUCGUAAGGGCAAACACGCUUGACAAUGAAACACUGAAGGACAUGGCCGAGGUGUACAUGACCAACACCACUGCACCUCUGCUGCUCUGCCAGGCGUUCCUUCCACUGCUGAAGAAGGCAGCCCAGGGGAGCCCAGGCUCAGGGAUGAGCUGCAGCAAGGCAGCCAUCAUCAACAUUUCCAGCUGUUCGGGUUCAAUCAAAGAACUCUACUUAUGGGAAGGUGUGCAAGCUGUCAGUUACCGCUGCAGCAAGGCUGCUCUCAACAUGCUCACCAGGUGCCAGUCCAUGGGGUACCGCGAAAACGGCAUCCUCUGUGUCACUUUCAAUCCUGGAUGGGUGCAAACGGACAUGGGAAAAGCAGGAGGACACAUGCCCCCCGUGACGGUGGACGCGAGCGCAGCAGGGAUGCUGAAGGUGCUCUCCAAGCUCUCCGAGAAGGACAGCGGGUCCUUCCUGGACUGGGAAGGGAACGUUGUGCCCUGGUGAGGUGCUGGCCCGGCCUCAUGCCUGGAUCCUGGCACUGACCCCUCUGCUGCUGCCUUCCCCCUCCAUAAAACCAUAUCUGACAACA